AUGACUUCACAAAAACUGGAAGGGCUGGAGCUCCAGUUGGCAGAGGUUGACAUGCUGACCUCCAUGUAUGCCAAUCCAGGGGAGUUGAUUCUUGAUGAUCCAACAGCAUUAGAGCUUAUCCGUGCAGUCGUAUCAGGAAAUCUGGCCCUGGAGGAGUUGGAAAGCAGGCUGGGGUUCAUCAUAAAAGUUUGCGUGGAGAAUGAUGGCAAAAGCCUGACAGUGGAGCUUGUGUGUAAUCUACCCCAUGAAUAUCCAUUUGUGAGGCCACAGAUAUUUACCAGAGCACCAGACAUCACCAGGGAAAGACAUAAACAGCUCAGGGAGGAAUUAAACAAAGAAAUUGAAAAUCAAGAAACUGGUGAGAUAAUUGUCGGAGUGGUGGUGGAGUGGUUGAAGAGAGCGCUUGUACACAGAACUACAGUACUUGGAGUCAAGCCACGCAAAGAGAUCCUAGACUGGGGUCAUGAGCUAGGCUUGCGAGGCUUCUGUUUACCUGGCAAGCCUGGCAUCAUCUGUGCAGAGGGUGCCACUAGUGAUGUCGAUGAAUUCUGGUACAGGGUCAGGAAUUUGAAAUGGAAGAGGAUAUCUAUAAAAGAACAUGAGGUGGUGCCUAUGGUUACACCAGAUGGACAGAAAGUAUCACAAAAGAUGGAUCCAUUCUGUGAACUACUUCUGGAUGCCAGAGGAGGCAAAGGACGUGAGUACCACAUGGACCUGGGUCAGUUCAGCACAUAUUUGCAGCAGCAUGGUUGCGGACAUGUCUUCAAUUUGUUCUUUGGAUUGGAUGCCAGGCAUGAGGACGGGGACUGA